AUGGGUAGAGGGAAGAUUGAGAUCAAAAGGAUAGAGAAUGCUAACAGUAGGCAAGUUACAUUCUCCAAGAGGCGAACUGGGUUAUUGAAAAAGGCUCAAGAACUUGCCAUUCUCUGUGAUGCCGAGGUUGCUGUCAUCAUCUUCUCCAACACUGGGAAAAUGUUUGAGUUUUCCAGUUCAAGUAUGAAGCGAACACUUGCAAGAUACAACAAAUGCACUGAUUCUUCAGAGGCAGCAGUAGUGGAAUAUAAGACAGAGAAGGAAGAUUCUAAGAUGGUGGAGAUUCUUAAAGAUGAAGUUGCAAAACUAGAAGCAAAGCAAUUACGGCUGUUGGGUAAGGACCUGACAGGAUUGGGCUUAAAGGAGCUGCAACAUCUAGAGCAACAACUUAAUGAAGGGUUAUUGUCUGUCAAGGAGAGGAAGGAGGAAUUACUUAUGGAGCAGCUGGAGCAGUCUAGAGUACAGGAGCAGAGAGCUUUGUUGGAGAAUGAAACUUUGAGGAGACAGGUUGAGGAGCUUCGAUGUUUGUUUCCGCUAACAGAACGUGUAGUCCCAUCUUAUCUUCAGUAUCACCAUAUGGAAAGAAAGAAUGCUAUUUUGGAUAACAGUGUUAAAUGUCUCAACUUGACAAGUAACUGUGCAAAUGAGAAAGGAGAUUCAGACACUACAUUGCAUUUGGGGUUGCCAAGUGAUGUUCAUCACAAGUGUAAGGCACCUGAGAAGGAAACAUUUUCUAAUGAUUCAGAGAGUCAUGUGGUUCUACUCUGA